CCUCCCACCUGCCCUACUGACUUCUCGUCUCUUGCCUAGGAACUCCAGGCUUGUCUUGGCUCCAAAUGGAUCCCAACUGCUCCUGCACUGCAGGUGCCUCCUGCGCCUGUGCUCGUUCCUGCAAGUGCAAAGAGUGCAAAUGCACCUCCUGCAAGAAGAGCUGCUGCUCCUGCUGCCCCGUGGACUGUGCCAAGUGUGCCCAGGGCUGUGUCUGCAAAGGCCCGUCAGAGAAGUGCCGCUGCUGUGCCUGAUGUUGGGAGAGCACUGCUCCCAGGCAUAAAUAGAGCAACCAGUACUAACCUGGGUUUGUUUUUUUUUUUCAAACUACGCUGAUCGGUUUGCUAUGUUCCUUCCUUUAUUCAAUAUGUGAAUGAAAAUAAAACACUUUUGAGUUGA